UAAAUACUAUUUGCUUCAUUUUGGCAGUAUCUUUUCUUUUCUUCUCUAAUUAUAAUCUAAUCUACUCAAUCAACAACACCUUCAACUCCUUUCUUCCUCUCAAGGCUCCUUUAAUUUUUUUUGCUCUUCUCAUGUCUUUCAAAUUCAGAGGGCCAAAUGCUUCUUCUGGAAUGGGUGUGGCUGAUCACGGCAAAAAUGCAUUCUUGGAGUUGAAGAGGAAGAAGGUUCAUAGAUAUGUGAUUUUCAAGAUCGAUGAAAUGAAAAAGGAGGUUGUUGCUGAGAAAACUGGAAGCCCUGCAGAAAGCUUUGAUGACUUUACUGCUUCUUUGCCAGAAAAUGAUUGCCGAUAUGCGGUGUAUGACUUUGAUUUUGUGACUUCUGAGAAUUGCCAAAAGAGCAAGAUAUUCUUUGUUCAUUGGUCUCCUGCAACAUCUCGUAUCCGUGCGAAGAUGCUUUACGCCACCUCUAAAGACGCAUUUAAAAGAGAGCUCGAUGGUUUUCAUUAUGAGAUUCAGGCUACUGAUCCAACAGAAGUUGAUCUUGAAGUGCUGAAAGACCGUGCUCACUGAGCUAUCUUGCAAUAAACACUAUCUUAUAAGGAACAGAACUCGCAGGGCCUUACUAUUAUCAUAGUGAUUAGUGCCAAUAGCUUAUAUAUCGUUGUGUUUCUCACAGAGGAAAAUUCUUCUUAAAUAAAUAAUUGGGCAUCUGGGAAGGGCUGAUUUCCAGCUAAGCAUUUAGCUUGUUAGUGUAUAUGGUGUUGGCAUUGUUUUGCUUUUUUCUCAGAUGUUUGAACACUUGGGAACCUGCAUAAUAUAAUAUCAGUGGUUGCCAAUUUUCCAA